AUGCCUGAGGAGGGCAGUAUACGCCACGAUGAGGCCAAAUUGCUGGAAACACAAAGAAGAAGAGGAGGAAGCAGGAACAACUCAAGUCGGACGAGAAGAAGAAGAAAAAUGGCAUACAGCAGGUGCCGGAGCACUGUUUCCUUCUUUCUUCUCAUUAGUUCGUCGAUAUUUGUCCCCGCUUGCAGUCAAGACUCGACAUUGGACACCGGCUAUCGUAUCACGGAGCACAAUACUGAACAAAACGUCGAUAAAACGACCGAUCAAAAAACUUGGGAAGCGACCCAGGUUGGAGAAGGGACUUCUAUCGACCGACAGGAACGUUCAGACCCGGUUUCUGUCCACUCUUCAAGCGGUUCUGCACAGAAAGAUGAUUUUCAAGAGGAGCUGGUCAUCAGGCCGCUACAGUCGGGGGAUAUUUACGCGAGCUUUCAAUUCCGUACCCUGUGGGAAACUGAUUUCAUGGGAGGAAACAAAGUAUCCCACUACCGGUUGUUCCCCAAAUCCCUGGGACAGGUCAUCUCUAAAUUUUCCGUGCGUGAGCUGCACAUCUCCUUCACACAGGGCUACUGGAGGACAAUGCAGUGGGGGCAACCUUAUCUGCCUUCUCCCCCUGGGGCUGAGCUCUGGGUCUGGUUCCAGGACUCUGUAACAGAUGUGGAUCGCAUGUGGAGUGAGCUGACAAAUGUUUUGUCGGGGAUCUUCUGCGCUUCGUUGAACUUUAUUGACUCCACCAACAGCAUUCAGCCAAGCGCCUCCUUCAAGCCACUCGGGAUAAGCAAUGUGACCGACCAGCGUUUCCUUCGCUAUGCCACUCUCCCACGCGAGAUUGUUUGCACUGAAAAUUUGACACCUUGGAAGAAGCUUUUGCCAUGCGGCUCCAAGGCAGGACUAGCAGUCUUGUUAAAGUCAGAGAAGCUCUUCAACAGCAAUUUUCAUUCCCAGGCAGUACAUGUACGACCUGUGUGCCAGGGCACGCAGUGCGAAAUCAUUUCAUGGGAGCUGAGACAGACACUAAAUGUUGUUUUUGACCUUCACACUUCUGGACAAGGCAAAAGAGAGUGGUCUCUCUUCAAGAUGUUCUCCCGCACCCUGACAGAGGCAUGUCCUUUGGCUUCCUCCAGUAAAAUCUACGUUGACAUUUCAGACAACGUUGAGGGAGAACAGUUGGAGCUUAGUCCUCCUACUCCUCUGCUUAGCUCAGCGGUAGUGCUAGGGGACAGACGGACCUACUCUGUCUAUGACCUAUCCCAACAAAGCACCUUUGGCCCAACACACUCUCUCAACCUUCUGAUUCGCUGGAAAUCUAGUAACGGUCACAUGCUGCGCCCUUUGCUCCAUGCAGAGCGCUAUGUGGCGGGCUAUGGGCUGCAAACAGGAGAGAUUCACACACUGAUGUACAACAAUCACCCAUACAGGUCGUUCCCCGUGCUACUACUGGACUUGGUGCCCUGGUACUUUCGUCUCUACAUCCACACCCUUACUGUCACCAGCAAGGGGAAGACUAACAGUCCCAGUUAUAUUCACUACCAGCCAUCCAAAGACCGUGUGAAGCCACAUAUGCUGGAGAUGUUAGUGCAGCUUCCUCCCAACUCUGUCACGGAGGUUACAGUGCAGUUUGAAAGAGCUCUCCUCAAGUGGACUGAGUACACUCCGGAUCCCAAUCACGGCUUGUAUAUUGGGUCUUCUGUUGUCAGUUCUCUUGUACCAAGCAUUGUUGCCAUGGACACAAAUGCCACACAGGAACGCCCUCUUUUCAGCAAUUUCUUCCCCAACAAAGAAGAGUCCAGCUACUUUGUGCGCCUCUACACUGAGCCUCUGCUGGUGCAACUACCCACUCCAGACUUCAGCAUGCCUUACAACGUUAUCUGCUUGACCUGCACUGUGUUGGCUGUGGGUUAUGGAUCCCUUUUCAACCUGCUCACCCGUAAUUUUCAAAUAGAGGAGCCCACCCCUGGACUGGCCAAACGGAUUGCCAACGUAAUCCGGAAAAUAAGGGGUGUCCCGCCACUUUGA